AUGUGGAGAACAUACGUAAACGGAAUCUCCGGUGAUGCGCCGGCAGAAUUUCAGACAUCCGUCACCGGAAACACCGAUCUCUUGACGGAAAUUCUCCUCCGGCUACCCCCAAAAUCACUUCUUCGGUUCCAAACCGUCUGUAAAGAUUGGUUUUCUAUCAUUUCAAGCCAAAGAUUCCGGCUACUUCACUGCCGGAGAAAACACAGUUCCGGCAAAGUUGACGGACUGUUUUUCUGCUGGUGGGUCUACGGUAAUAACCAUGUAGACUUCAUCCCUAUCAAUGGCAUGCCAAAAAAGCAAAUGGGUAUGAUUCCUUUAGCAUUCAAGAAUAUUGUCAAGUGUACAUCUUCAAAGAUUGAAUCUUUACAUUCUUGUAAUGGAUUGUUCUGUAUUAAUUUCAAUUUGGGUGUUGAAAAUCAAGUAUACUAUGUUUAUAAUCCCAAUACAAAUCAGCAUAGAUCGAUUCAACUUCCAGCUGGUACAGAGCUUCGUCAAGUUAUUGUAAUGAAUUUGGCUUUUGAUCCAAUGGUGUCUGAUAGUUAUAGACUUGUAUGUGUCAUUAAAUCAAAUGGGGUUUAUGAAUUUUCUGUAUACUCAUCAGAAACUGGGAUUUGGAAAGAUUCUAAGGAGAUAUUGGAUAUAAAGCAGGAAUAUUUUUUAGCUCAGGGUGUUUUCUUGAAUGGCUGUAUGCAUUGGGUUAGUGAAAAUGGAUCAUUUUUAAGGUUCGAAUUGGAUUCAUUGUGCUUUAAAAUGAUGCCUAGCACUGUGAUUCCAAAUGGCAUGUUAAAAAGGAAUAUAAGGUAUUUUGGGCAGUCAAGUGGACAUUUGCAUCUUAUUGAGGUACAGGGGUUUAGUACAAUGAGUUUUGAAGUUCUUGAAUUGGAGAGUGAUUACUCUAAGUGGUUUGUGAAAUAUCGGGUUGAUCUUAGUUCUCUUCGUACUAUGUAUCCCCAAAUGUUGAGUGAAGAAUUUGAUUUAGUAGAUGUGAAUCGUCGCACUUGUAAUGUAGUAUGUGUUGUUGUGGAUGACAAGGAACAGACAACAAGAUUCUUGGUAAGUACACCAGAUGUUAUCAUUGAAUAUGAUUCUCGUUGUAUGAUUAUUAAGGAGGUUGCGAUUGUAGAGAAAGGAAAGAUCCCUGUUAUGUGGGAAGAUGUUUCGGUGUUUGAAUGGUAUGAUGCCCACCGAUAUGUCGAGACUAUGGCGUGCGUAUGA